AACGUUGCUUUUAAGCAUAAGCCUAAAAAAAUGACUUUAUUUGAAAGUAAAAUAGCUGGCUAUAAUGAGCGAUUUUAUCGAUACCUGUUGCUAGUGAAGCGCGUAGAAAAAAGUAAAUAAAUACGAAGGCGUACUUUAAAGGAGCGUACAAAUCAAUCACGCGACCCGGUGUAAUGGUAUAUAAAACAUUGAAAUUUAAGACAGCUAUUAGCACAUGUGUAUGGUGAAUGAGUGCAGAUAUUAUGAACAUUUGAAUAAAAGUUAUUUUUCAGGACGCUUUUUGUGUUGCUAUUUAAGAGUUAUAAAAGGGCACUAUUUUUAACUACGAUUUAUUAUUUCAUGUCAGACAGAAAUGUGUUAGCAUAACAAAAUGAUGUAAAUUGCAAUUUGUUAACACAUCUACUUGUAUAUUGAUAACAAUACAAUUAAAUUAAAAGCAAAUACAUAUAGUGUAAUACACAUGGCGUUACAAGUUAUGUCUUUAAUACAAAGCACGUGCCAAAAACUUAAGGGUGUGACAUUAUACGCGUUGACGGGAAUGCUCUGCAAGGGCAGCAACUCUCGGGUGCUACCGGGACCAAAAGGGUUACCCGUACUUGGAAAUAGUCUUGAGCUCGACGCGAGCCAAGCUCAUCAACUGUUCACACAAUGGAGUAAGCAGUAUGGUAAAAUAUUCCGACUGAAAGUGUUCGGCAAAAAUGUGGUAGUAAUUUCGGACGCUGACACGCUGCGCGCGGCGUUUUCGUCCGGGGCGCUUGGUAAACAUUUGAACGACAGGGCCGAAAAUAUCACCAAAGAAGUGUUCUAUGGGCGGAAGCACAUGGGCUUUGCAAAUCUUUGUGACCAAACUGUAUCCCUGAGAAAUGUAUUGAGACGGAAGGUGCUUCAUUAUCAAAUGUGCAAUAGCAAUUUCGUAGAGGCGUGUUCAACAAUUAUAAGCAAUGUUGCGAUGAACUUUAAUAACGGUGCAGAAACGAUCGACCCCGACGCGUUGAUAAAAGAAUUUCUCACGCAGCUUAAUACCACUAUUCUUAUCGGAGAGAGCCUUCCUGACGAUGACCCUGAAAUGGAAGCCCUGUGGGAGUUUAUCGAUAGUCUCUACCGUCUACUUCCGCCAUCCAUAGACGCUCCUUUGCGAGCAUUCCCAUGGUUACGCCACAUGCCAAUCAAACAUGGCCGUUACUUUCGGUCGGCGAUAGACGCCCGAGACAGAGUGACGCGACGGUAUUUUGACACGCAAAAGUCGACGUACAAGGAGGGUCACGUACGCGGCCUGGUCGACAUCUGUCUGAGGAUCCAACAAGAGGCGCUAGCUACUUCCGGUACCUCGUGGCUCACGGACGACUACAUCAAGGGGCUUAUGCUCGACACGGUCGUGGCAGGAAUGUCCGAAAUGAUGAAGAGCAUCCGAAUGCUAAUUCUACUCAUGUGCCAUCACCAAGACGUUCAAUCACGUGUCUACACAGAAAUUCGUGACGUCAUUGGUCCUGGUGGAACGCCAUCGACCAAUCAUCGCGAAGCAAUGAUAUAUACGCAAGUGGUGAUCAUGGAAAUGCUUCGUUACGUCAGUCAAACCCCACUCGCAAUACCACACAAGUGCAAUGAAGACGUAGUGCUCGAUGGAUAUGCCAUAGAAAAGGACGCAGCGAUAUUACCCAACAUCUGGGGCAUACACCACGACGAGGAUGUGUGGGGCGACCCCUGGGACUUCCGGCCGGAGCGCUUCCUCGCGGAGGACGGAAAGAAGUUACUGCCGGCCGAUCACAAAUUCAUGAAAACACUGAUCCCGUUCUCAGUUGGUAAAAGACGCUGUCCCGGCGAGGAUUUUGCCAUGUCACGUUUGUUCCUCGUGUUGACGUCACUACUUCAGCGUCUGCACUUCCGGCCGCCAGAGGGCGAGGAAUUCCCGUCGGUGGAUCCAAGACAUUACAACAGAGAUUACCCAUAUCCACUUCCGCUCUACAAAUGUCGCGUAGAGGUCCGCAUGGAGUGCUAAGCAUUGUGACAACUUAAUAUUUCGCAGUAUUAUGAACUCAUUAUGUGAUCUGCAGGCGCAAUUUUUAACCGACGUUAGUUUAAUAAACAGAUUCGUGCUCUCGAAUGAACAUUGGUACAAAAGGUAUAAUUCUGCUCAUCACUAAAAUAAGAAGUAUGAUUAUAUAUGUAUACUACGCUGACGUGUGUACAUAUCAUAUUUAUGUCGCAUAAUAUAAUUUUGAAAUGCAUGUGCCAAGCCGCAAAGUGGGUCCAAUGACGCCACAAGAAGGCAUGCCCUUACUGCUGUUGAACUGUUACCGAGUUGAAUGUGUUCGUGAAAUCUUGGCUACAGCUCUUACUGUUUAGCUGUAUUACAGAGAUUUGAAUUCAAUUCUUAUUUGAAAACUAUCAAUAAUACCAUGUAAGUGACACAAAUAGAAUGUCAAUUGCAAACUAUUAUUUAAUGAAAACUUGAUCCAUUCUCUAAAAUGUUCAUAUUUAUUCUUGUAUAAUCAUUAUUAAUUAUUAUGAUCCUCAGCGAUUUCCCAUCAGUAAGUAUCUUCUUUGGUGCUAUCAGCCUAAUGAAUGCACUUGAGCUGACAGUCGUAGGUUACACUGAGUCUCGUUCUGGGAUAACUGGGUUUAAUGCAUUACGUUAUGUGUCGUCCCAGAUUAGCCUUUGCAGUCCUCAUGGAAAACAAUUUCUGCCAACACUGGAUUUCGUUUGGAAGAUACAUUUUGUAUGCGCAUUGAUCCAUUAAACUGGAAAGCUUCAUCUCUUAUUAUCUUUUGUGGACUGCACAGCCUAAUAUGGGACGCCACCUUACGCAUAUCAAAUCAUACAUAACCUAUCAACAUUUCACACAGACACGUGCCGCUAUUUAUUUGUCCAAACGAUUGUAUUUCCAAAUACUAGUACAUACGUUUUCGUUUAUAUUUUUACAACGCAUGACUUCAUAAUUUUAUUACAAAUUAUUGUAACUUAAAAUGAAAGCAAGAGAGCCCAAACCUUUGAUGUAAAAGAGUGUAGUUCGUUUAGAAACAGUUAAUGUGGCGCAUUUAUUCCACAUAAAAAAUGUUUUGAUUGCCUUCAAUUAACAUAGUAAAUUUGAAUUUAUUGUUACGUAAAUUGCGUAUACUAGUCUUGAAAACUGCCUUUGAUCUUUCAAAAUAGAAACCUUACGAUAAUUGUGAAAGUGUAGAAAUGUUAAUAUUGCGGUAGAGUUGUAAAUCAUGUUAAUAACAAUACGGCACACGUUACAAUUUCGGGUAUUCAAAUUGUAUGAACAUUGACAACAUUAACAAUGCGCUUAGAUAUUGCUUUGAUACGAUUGAACAACAUAAAACUGAACGAGUGCGGCUAAUGAAUGACGAAAGUAAGUGUGGUAUUUUCUCGUAAUCACGCACAAAAUAAUCAUUCAGUCGAAAGGGCGCUCUCAGAUACGCGCUAAUUACUUUAUAUGGGCAUUCGUAAACGAAUGCAUUUGUUAUGAAGGCAUUGUAUCUAUAAAUGAAUAGGCAUUGAUUUAUUAAAGUUUUUUUGCAUGUGUUUUGUAUACGAUAAGUGGCAUCAGCAAGGUUUAAAUGACAUUUAUUUCAAAAUACAAGAUUUUUUGUUUUAAAUCUAAAAUAAUACUUGCAUAAUAAAGAUAGUAUUCUAAACAA